GCCCCAUACACUGUCUCGAUGGAUGAUAAACACGUGCACGUGAAGAUCUCGGCGAUCGCCCUCGUGCUUACGAUCCUAUCAACUGCUGCCAUCCACCUAGACAAUCCGAACUUCUCGCAGCCAAUAGCCAAUGUUACGGCGGCGGUCGGAAGGGAGGCCAUCUUAGAGUGCGUCGUUCAAAAUCUUGGAGUAUAUAAGGUGGCUUGGUUGAGGGUUGAUACGCAGACAAUCCUGACUAUCCACAGUCACAUUAUCACGAAGAACCAUCGAAUCGGUGUGACCCACAGCGAAUACAAGACGUGGUAUCUUCACAUCAAAGAGGUCCGUGAGUCUGAUAUGGGUUGGUACAUGUGUCAGAUCAACACCGACCCCAUGAAGAGCCAGAUAGGAUACUUGGAUGUAGUCGUGCCUCCGGACAUAAUUGAUUAUCAGACGAGUCCCGAUAUGGUUAUUCAGGAGGGCCUGAACGUGAGCCUCCGAUGUGUGGCCAGAGGCUCCCCAACACCAACCAUAGUAUGGAGAAGGGAAAGCGGGGAAACCAUCCCCGGCGACGAUGCCGGUGCAAGCGGAUCAGUAUUAAACAUUAACAGGGUGAGCAGGAAGCAGAUGGGUCCAUACCUAUGCAUUGCGUCCAACGGGGUUCCGCCGUCGGUCAGUAAACGGAUCACCCUCAUUGUUCACUUUCCCCCCAUGAUCUGGAUCCAGUACCAGCUGAUCGGUGCCUACGAUGGUCAGCACAUCACCCUGGAAUGCCAUUCCGAAGCGUACCCAAAGUCGAUCAAUUAUUGGACUCGCGACACGGGCGACAUCGUCCCAAGAAAUGAGAAAUACGAGCCGAUCUUGGAGCACGAUACUUACAAAGUGCACAUGAAACUAAUCAUAAAUAAAAUCGAGCCAGGCGAUUACGGCAUCUACAAAUGCAUCUCGAAGAAUGCCAUCGGCGAAACCGAUGGGACCAUUAACGUUUAUCGCAUACCUAGGCCAGCGUUCUCCAAUAAGACUUCGAUGCACCGGAAGAAGAAUAAUUCAAUGUCAAAUGAUGUUACAUAUCAACUAGGUUCUUCCACUGCAGAUCGACCGGGCCCUUUGUUCCUGGGAGACGAGCAAGGAUCGGGGACGCGAAUCGUCGGGAAUUCCAGGAUCCUCUUGUUUGUAAUUGCGUUCAUGUUUUACGUGAUUUUGUAUUGAAGCCGGUGUCUAAUUUUCUGUUCGUUGUCCUGUACGAGGAACGAGCGUUGCGUCGAGCUUAGAUUAAUUUAAGGAAUUUGGAAUGAGACAAUAAUAACGAAUGUAAAGAUGAUAGAAGUAAAAAAAAGUAAAAUAAAAAUAAAGUAAAAUAAAAAGUAUAUUAUUAUCAUUUGACGGACGCUCGUUCCACGCGAUAACUAACUAACUAACGUGUAGAUGGGUUAAUUGUUUCAGUUUAAUUGCUAUUUUUGUACGCUUCCCUGGGUGAGAGUAAAUAAAGGAUUGAAAUAUAUGGGGUGGAGAGAGAAAUAAACAAAGAGAGAG